CGCGCUGGACCCGCUGCGCUUGCGCUGGAGUUGGGCAGGGAGGGGAGUGGGGACAUGGCCAGUUGGUCUGACUGACCACGAGCCCGUGGGCGGCUGGGUCGGGGUUUGGGGACUUCGCCCACGCGCGUGGGGCGAAGGGACGUCUCUUAGGUGCGUCCCCGGCCUCAGAGCAGGGAGGCGGGAACCCCGGAGUUUGAGCCGCCCCACAGGCGGCUGGGCGGGAGGGGGCGGACGCUGUCGGUCUGAGCCGGCGCGGCCCAGCCCUUCCCGGAUUGCGAUGCUCCCCCGCCUCGGAGCUGGCAAAAAUGUGCCUAGUCACGGGGCCGUUCUUGGGGGAGCUGAGGUCUCCUCUGGGCUGGGACCUGCAGCCGCUUCUCUGCCGCUGCACCCGACCCGGACCCCAAGACCUCCGCGGGCGCGGGCUGUGGGGGGCCGUCUAUGGGUGCUGCUUUGCGAAGUCAUCAGACACUCCGAGCACUCUUUGGCAGCCAUGGGUUUUAUAGAAAGCCCAGCCUCCAGGGGGAGGGAGGAGGUCAUGAAGUGCCUAGCGCCCUCGAAUGCCCCGACGUGCGGCGGCUUGCCCGGGUCCCGCGCGCUUCCUCGGGCCGGGGAAGAGGUUCGGGCUCGGGGACCGGGGAUUGGCCCCUAGCGACGCGGCGGGAAGUGCGGGCGAGCCCAGCGGACUUGUAGUUCCGGGCGGGGUGCUUCCUGCUGGCGCACGCCGUGUGCGUGGCCUCGGCCUCCGCGACAGUGGCCGGUUGGCUGUCUCGGCGGCCCUCGGUUGGCCCUUUCCUGCUUUAUAGCGUGCAAACCUCGCCGCUCUGGGGCCAAGGGACAUGUUGGAGCUGUUGAUCUGUUGCGCAAUUGUUAUUUUCCCCAGGGCGGCUUUGUCUUUGGAUUUAGCGUUUCAGAGUUGCCUUUCCAAAAUGUGACAUGGAUUUGAUCGACAUACUUUGGAGGCAGGAUAUAGAUCUUGGGGUAAGUCGAGAAGUAUUUGAUUUCAGUCAGCGACGGAAGGAGUACGAGCUGGAAAAACAGAAAAAACUUGAAAAAGAAAGACAAGAACAACUCCAAAAGGAGCAAGAGAAAGCCUUUUUCGCUCAGUUACAACUAGAUGAAGAGACAGGUGAAUUCCUCCCAAUUCAGCCAGCCCAACACAUCCAGUCAGAAACCAGUGGAUCUGCCAACUAUUCCCAGGUUGCCCACAUUCCCAAACCAGACGCUUUGUACUUCGAUGACUGCAUGCAGCUUUUGGCAGAGACAUUCCCAUUUGUAGAUGACAAUGAGGUUUCUUCGGCUACAUUUCAGUCACUUGUUGCUGAUAUUCCCGGCCACAUCGAGAGCUCAGUCUUCAUUGCUUCUAAUCAUACUCAGUCAUCUGAAACAUCUGUUGCUCAGAUAGCCACUGAUUUAGACAAUAUGCAGCAGGACAUUGAGCAAGUUUGGGAGGAGCUAUUAUCCAUUCCAGAAUUACAGUGUCUUAAUAUUGAAAAUGACAAGCUGGUUGAGACUCCCAUGGUUCCAAGUCCAGAAGCCAAACUUACAGAAAUUGACAACAAUUAUCAUUUUUACUCAUCUAUCCCCUCACUGGAAAAAGAAGUAGGUAACUGCAGUCCACAUUUUCUUAAUGAUUUUGAGGAUUCCUUCAGCAGUAUCCUUUCCACAGAAGAUCCCAGCCAGUUGACAGUGAACUCAUUAAAUUCAAAUGCCACAGUAAACACAGAUUUUGGUGAUGAAUUUUAUUCUGCUUUUAUAGCAGAGCCCAAUAUCAGCAACGGCAUGCCUUCAUCUGCUACUUUAAGCCAUUCACUCUCUGAACUUCUAAGUGGGCCCAUUGAUGUUUCUGAUCUAUCACUUUGUAAAGCUUUCAACCAAAACCACCCUGAAAGUACAGCAGAAUUCAAUGAUUCUGACUCUGGCAUUUCACUGAAUAAAAGUCCCAGCAUGGCAUCACCAGAACACUCAGUGGAAUCAUCCAUCUCUGGAGAUACACCGCUUAGCUUCAGUGAUUCUGAAGUAGAAGAACUAGAUAGUGCCCCUGGAAGUGUCAAGCAGAAUGGUCCUGAAACACAGCCAGUACAUUCAUCUGGGGAUACAGUGCAAAACCUGUCACCAUCCUGGGGGCACAGUGCUCCAGUGCAUGAUGCCCAGUGUGAAAACACACCAAAGAAAGAAUUGCCUGUAAGCCCUGGUCAUCGGAAAACCCCAUUCACAAAAGAUAAACAUUCAAGCCGCUUGGAGGCUCAUCUCACAAGAGACGAGCUUAGAGCAAAAGCUCUCCAUAUCCCAUUCUCUGUAGAAAAAAUCAUUAACCUCCCUGUUGAUGACUUCAAUGAAAUGAUGUCCAAAGAGCACUGCAAUGAAGCUCAACUAGCAUUAAUUCGAGAUAUACGUAGGAGGGGUAAGAAUAAAGUGGCUGCUCAGAAUUGCAGAAAAAGAAAACUGGAAAAUAUAGUAGAACUAGAGCAAGAUUUAGAUCAUUUAAAAGAUGAGAAAGAAAAACUGCUCAAAGAAAAAGGAGAAAAUGACAAAAGCCUUCAUCUACUGAAAAAACAACUCACCACCUUAUAUCUUGAAGUCUUCAGCAUGCUACGUGAUGAAGAUGGAAAACCUUACUCUCCUAGUGAAUAUUCCCUGCAGCAAACAAGAGAUGGCAAUGUAUUCCUUGUCCCCAAAAGUAAGAAGCCAGAUGUUAAGAAAAACUAGAUUUGGGAGGAUCUGACCUUUUCUGAGCUAGUGUUCUUUUGUGCUGUUAUACUAAAAGCUCCUACUGUGAUGUGAAAUGCAGAAAUACCAUACUUUAUAAAUAAUUCUAUGCAAAAUUAUAGCCAAAACUAAUAUAGAAAAUAAUAUGAAACUUUAAAAAGCAUUAAACUAUCAGUAUGUUGAAUCAGUAGUUUCACUUUAACUGUAAACUUAAUUUCUUAGGACACCAUUUGGGCUAGUUUCUGUAUAAGUGUAAAUAUGACAAAAACUUUUUAUUUAUACUGUUCUUAUCUCAUUUGUUACAUUCAUAGAAUUUAUAUGAUGGUAUGACAUCUGGCUAAAAGCAAAUUGUUGCAAAACUAACCACUAUGUACUUUUUUAUAAAUACUGUAUGAACAAAAAAUGACUUUUUUUAUAUUAAAUUGUUUAGCUCUGGCAAAAAAAGCAAUUUCAAGAACUGGUACUAAUAAAGGAAUAUCAUGACUGUUGAAUUA